AAAACACGUGAAUCUGCUGCUGAUCGUCCAUCUUCUGAUACUCAUUCUUCUGAACUUCCUCCUACUGUUGUUGAACCUACUGCUCCUGUACCUUCUGGUGAGAGUGUUGGUGCGUCUGCAAGUGCAGCUCCACCUGAAGCCAACAGUAACACUGACGCAGAUGGCAAUUCAACCAAAGCGGACGAUGACGCAACACAAGCGCCUUCAAACACUUCAGAGAAAGAAAGUAACGAUGGUUCUGAAACAACAGAGAACGGUAAUAUAUCUGAAGGGGGUGAAUCAACAAGUAACCAAACUGAAGGUGAUGCGGUAAAUACAGCUACAACCACCACCACCACCACAACAACAACAACACUUCCUCCUGAACUCACAAACAACAAGAAGGGUGAUGCAGACAGCAGCAGCAGUAUCAGCAGUUCUGUGUGGGUGCGUGUACCACUACUUAUUGUGACUGUGUUGUUCUCUGCUAUUGUAUACUGA